GAGGCAAUGGCCGGCUAACAACAACUGACUACUAAUCUUGCCAUAUCUGUGAACUAUGAUUGAACUCGUUUUUUCGGCGAUGUGAUAUUUCGUGUUCUGCAUGAUGUGGUGACAACAUUCUGUCUAAAGGGCAUUCAUAGUUUGCUACGUGCAAAAUGAGUGCUUCAGAACAGCGGCAGCAUCAACAGGACGUCGCUCAAUCUUGUGACUACGAUGUUAUCGUUGUCGGGGCUGGGUUAUCGGGGUUGUCAGCAGCGCAUGAAGUGAAGAAGAUCUACCCUGAGUGUACUGUGUUGGUUUUGGAAGCCAAAGACAGAGUGGGUGGACGAACAUUAACAACUGAACUUCAAGGUGCAAAGGGCAAAGAUAAUUGGGACAUGGGUGGACAAUGGAUUGGAAG